AAAGUCGCAGCCGAAACAGUCCAAAGCUGGCAUCCAAGAAGAAGUGACCAGAAAGACUAGUGAGUGAUCAGCUAUUCUGUUUGAAUUUCAAAGUCAAAGUGCGACUUGCGCUGUUCGUGAACCUGUUUGCCAACUGAAUUCGUGAUCAAUUACCGUGAUACAAACCCCAAAGACUAUAACCUGACUUGUACCUGAAUAACAACAACCCGCCGCGACAUCCGACCCUCUUCCGAUCCGGAACAUUCAACUUCAACCCAACCUCCACGACAAACAAAUAAACAAACAAACAAACCACCAAUUCCAAACACCCGCGUAAACCGUCCAAUUCACAUCCCCAAACUAUAACUUAGAGAGAGAAAAAAAUGGUCGCCGACGCCCUCGUCUACCACCCCGCGGUCUCGCACUACCUCAAAUUCGUCGCCACCACGGUCGGCCGCGACAAGCUCCUGCGUCUCUUGCAGUACUUUGCCCGCUUCUACGCCUGGUACCUGCUUCGCACCAACAAGCCCGCCUCGGCGAUCCAGCCAUGGGAGACGAUGAAGAAGCAGUUUGGCCUGGUGCGCAAGGUCAUGCGCGCGGGCAAGAACGUCGAGCACAUCAAGGCCGCGGCGGUGGCGGCCGACAGCAAGAACGGCGAUCCCAUUCUGCGGUACCUGGCGGUCGGCCGCCAGCUCGGUUAUGCGGGUUAUUUGACGUUUGAUCUGGGUACCUUGCUGGAUGCGACGGGGAUUCGCAAGACGGAGAGCGCCAAGAGGCUGGCGAGGGAAAGCCAGAGGUUCUGGGUUAUGGGAUUGAGCUGCAGUGUGAUUGCACAGGCGUACACGCUGUGGAGGUUGAGGCAGAGGGAGGCACGGGUUGAUCGCAAGGAGGGCGAGGGUGUGGUGGAGGCCAAGAGGAUUGAGGUCGAGCGCGCCGCCAGCCGCAUCCAGCUCACUUCGGACCUUUGCGACUUGACUGUUCCCUUGUCGGCCCUUGCCUGGGUCAACUUCGAUGAUGGCAUCGUCGGUCUUGCUGGUACUCUCAGCUCUCUACUCGGCAUUUACACCCAGUGGAAGAAGACUGCUUAGAGGGCAGAUUCGACAUGAUGAUGAAGAAGAGACACUGCUACGCAUGAGGAGGAGGAAAAUGGGGUCUUGUUGAUCUACGAUGAGAUGAUGGGAGGUUCAAUGUUCAAUGAUGAAGAUGGAUAUAUCUUUUGGGUGAUUUACUGGGACAACAGCACGCGUAAUUUGUUUGACUCGUUUCAUCGGUACUAUGUUUGUGGUUAAUGUGGCAGCUUUCACGAACAGAUUUAUUUUAUUGUUGAUG